GUUGGAUGAAACUUUUGUUAUAAUGGUAAUUAAUUUAGUAGUAGAUGGAUAAAAUAUUUUGUUAUAUUGGUAAUUAAUGUUAGUAGUGUUAGGAUAAAACUUUUGUUAUAAUGGUAAUUAAUUUAGUAGUUGGAUGAAACUUUUGGUACAGUGAUAACUAAUGUUAGUAGUGUUAGGAUAAAAGUGAUGUUUAUUGAUAGCUAGAAGCAAUAUAUAUAAACUUUUAUGAUUAUAAUACAAAAUAACCUCUAAGUAUUGUGUCAAGAUGAUCUCAUAAAUGAAAAAUUGUGGCGGAUUUCGUUGUGUGAAUAACAUUUCUUCCUAGACGAUCAGACAUUAAAUAUAUCAGUGAUGAUCAGUAUCAAACCUAUGAUGAUUCUUCUUCUGGUUUAUCAGAAUUGUCAGAUAGUGACGAACAUCGAGCGAUGUAAACUGACAUCAGUAUCAACUGUACUGGAUUCAGUCAAUCUACUGAUUACACAAGCUAAACAGAAAAUACACAGCGAUGAUUCCAUUUUCUAUGGCUUAUAUUCAGAAGAACUGGAAUGUUUUUCAACCUCUCCUGGACCAACAGACUGUACAGAUGUUUUCCUUAAUGGAAACCAUAAUAGUGGAGUGUACCGUAUCUGGCCCAAGUCAUGGAUGUUUACAGGAAGUAUAGAUGUGUACUGUGAUGUGGACACUGAUGGAGGAGGCUGAACAGUAAGAAGAAAACGGAAGUAUAUAAAGAAAUAAGACCAACUUUAUAAAUAGUUGUAAGUCAUGUUUUAUUAUGGUGAUUAUUUUCUGUCUGUACAACAAAAGUCUGUAUAUUAUAUAGUACCUGUAAAAAUAGGUGGAUAAACUGUGUUUAUCUACACUACCUUAUAAUAAAAGCUACUGGAGGACA